GGUAGGUGGACUCCACAGCAACAGUCAGUCCUUCUGUGAACCUGCAGUUCUGGUUAGGAUGCUCUAGCCACAGCACGUCUGGACACUUACUGUCUAUGGAUCUGCUCUGAACCUUAGAGCCUGCUUAUGGGGGAAGAGAGCCAUCAGAGGACUGUUGGGCUGCCAGUCUGCCUUCCUUGCCCCACACUGGUCCUGCCUGUCUCCUAUGUGUCUUCCCUGAGCACCUCCCACCUGAGCACCUUUGUCCCUGUGUGCUCCGUGGCCAUCUCCACGAAGGCGCCGGGAUCAUGUUCAGCUCACAACCACUAUGUGACGCCAUCUGGGCCCCAUCCGUCCUUCCUCACAGCACCCUCAGCUCCUUAAGCCACCACCCCCAGCCUCAUUUUGGGAGAAAGAUGGAGUCCAAGGUCUCAGAAGGUGGCCUGAAUGUGACACUGACGAUCCGCCUGCUGAUGCAUGGAAAGGAAGUCGGAAGCAUCAUUGGAAAGAAAGGAGAAACUGUGAAGAAGAUGCGUGAAGAGAGUGGCGCAAGGAUCAACAUCUCCGAGGGAAACUGCCCAGAGCGGAUCGUGACCAUCACGGGCCCAACAGACGCCAUCUUCAAGGCCUUUGCCAUGAUCGCAUACAAGUUUGAGGAGGACAUCAUCAACUCCAUGAGCAACAGCCCUGCCACCAGCAAGCCCCCGGUGACACUGAGGCUCGUGGUCCCUGCCAGCCAGUGUGGGUCCCUGAUUGGCAAAGGUGGCUCCAAGAUCAAGGAGAUCAGGGAGUCCACAGGUGCCCAGGUCCAGGUGGCCGGAGACAUGCUGCCCAACUCCACAGAGCGGGCAGUGACCAUCUCGGGGACCCCAGAUGCCAUCAUCCAAUGUGUCAAGCAGAUCUGUGUGGUCAUGCUGGAGUCCCCACCGAAAGGUGCCACCAUUCCCUACCGCCCAAAGCCCGCCUCCACCCCUGUCAUUUUUGCAGGUGGUCAGGUAAGAGCCGACCCGCUCGCGGCCUCCACUGCCAACCUCAGCCUUUUACUGCAGCACCCGCCGCUGCCCGCCUACACGAUCCAGGGACAAUAUGCCAUCCCCCACCCGGAUCAGUUGACCAAGCUCCACCAGUUGGCCAUGCAGCAAACCCCCUUUCCUCCCCUCGGACAGACCAACCCCGCUUUCCCCGGAGAAAAGCUGCCUUUACACUCCUCCGAAGAAGCUCAAAAUCUGAUGGGCCAGUCGUCAGGUCUGGACGCCAGCCCCCCGGCCAGCACUCACGAGCUCACCAUUCCCAAUGAUCUAAUAGGCUGUAUAAUUGGACGCCAAGGGACCAAGAUCAAUGAAAUACGACAGAUGUCUGGAGCUCAGAUCAAAAUUGCCAACGCUACUGAAGGGUCAUCAGAGCGUCAGAUCACCAUCACGGGGACCCCGGCCAACAUCAGCCUCGCCCAGUAUCUCAUCAACGCCAGGCUGACGUCCGAGGUCACCGGGAUGGGUGCGCUCUAAUCCCACCCAGCAGCCUCGCCUGCGUCACCCGACCCACUCGAGCCCGCGGCCAGCCUGGCUGCACACUCUGUACAGACUGCCUGCCCUUCCUCGCAAACACAAAUAGAGAGGGUUUCUUUACAAAAGUGAUAUAUGCCAUAGAUACACGCACAGCAGAUCGCUGUCUCUAAGCUCCAGGCUCUGUCCCGAUCCUGCUCUGUAAGUGUCCGUCUGCGCCCAGUGUGCUCAUGCAGUGGCAUGCGUGUGAAUCAUCCCGAAGCCCGGGAUGUUCCCACCUGUGAUGUUUUAGAAAUACCGUUCUUAGUGUCAGUGUACCAGUUUAAGAGUUGGUCUGAUGCUUCCACAGUACUUCCUGGACCUGCUCUCUCCUCUGCCAGCUCCAGGUCCCCCCUCACACACCCUGUCCCCUCAGGGCUUAUGCUGGAAUCAGGGGAAGUCUUUCCUGUGACCUGCAUGGAGUGCCCUGGGGAGGGGCUGUGGAGGGCGGCAGGGUUCUGACCCACUGGCAGAGACAGUGGUGGAGGUUGCUAGGCCUGAGGUCAUUGGAUGUCACCUGCUGGGGAGACGUUAGGGGGCCUUGCAUGCCCAUGUGACUGGAGAAUGAGUGAGACCUCACAGGAAGCCCUCUGCACUUGUUGGACAGAGUUCAAUAAAUGUCGCGCUCCCCACCGGCUCUGGCUCAUCUCUGCAACCCUGUGCCCUCACUCAUGAGCACCUGGACCGCCCAGGAGACUCACACCAUGGCCAGCCUGCCGUCCAAAGAAGCAGGGCCCAUUCUCACACACAAACCAAGA